AUGCGUCGAUUCUUGGUCAAUCAUGUCCAACCUGCUGCAUGCAUGCUGCUGGAGGUAGUGAGCGGAAAGUAAUCUAAGCUGUCAACUGCAUGUCUGACGUGGUUAACUUUUUAGGACUUCCGGCCACAUAAAGACCUUGAACUCGCCAGCAGUAUAGAGUCUGUUGUUCCUGGAGGCAUUUAAUUUCCAGUCCGUAGCUCAAAAGUUUCGCUAGAUACCCAGCUAGACAUAAGCUAACGUUGCUAGCAGGCUAACGUUAGUUGUGAAAUUUCCAAGAUGGCGCCCUUCAGAUGAACGCAGGACGUUUCAAAAGAGGUCGUAGCCUCAGCCUGUCCGUGACGGAGAGCUAAGCCGAGUCCUCGCCUCUGUCCAACCGCCGCCACCAUGGCCAAGGAGCAGACCAGUGUGUUCGACCUGCUUCCUCUUCUGGAGUCCACGGACCUCCAGCAGCUGCAGCAGACCAGACAGCUGGUGGAGGACCACCUCAGGGCAGAAAAGGGCUCAGUGCUGCUGAACGGUCUGGUGGAUUAUUACCUGGAGUCUAGCUCAUCUCAGGCUCUGCUGAUUCUCACUGCAGUGGGCGAGCCACAGCACAAGCCGCUCCUGGAGAAGCUGAAUGACUGCCUGGGCCGUCAGACGUGCCGGCUGGCCUCCCUCACCCUGCUGGCCCACGUCAUCCGGCGGCAGCCGCCCUGGAUCCACACCAUCCCCCGCUUCCCCCUCUUCCCCGCCCUGCUCAAGUGCCUCAAGACGGAUUCGGACACGGUGGUGCUGAUAACGGGAGUUCUGGUGGUGACCACGCUACUUCCCAUGAUCCCACAGCCCAGUCGCCACCUCCUGGACGAGCUGUUUGACGUCUUCGGACGCCUGGCGCGGUGGACUCACAGGAGUUCAGGGAGCAGUCCUAGUGUUCUGUCCAUUCACCUGCACGCCGGCAUCUACUCCCUCUUCCACCGUCUGUAUGGCAUGUACCCCUGCAACUUCGUCUCCUACCUGCGCGUCCACUACAGCAUGAAGGAGAACGUGGACACCUUUGAGGAGGUCGUCAAGCCCAUGUUGGAACAUGUGCGGAUUCAUCCGGAGUUGGUCACUGGAACCAAAGAUACUGAGCUGGACCCCACCAGAUGGCGGAGUUUUGAGACCCAUGACAUAGUGGUGGAAUGUGCCAAGGUGUCCCUGGACCCCAAGGAGGCGUCGUGGGAAGAGGGCUUCUCCAACAUGCCCGAUGUCUUACCAGUCCACCUGAGCUCCCGAGCCCUUGAAGGGCCUUCCCUGGACCACAGUGCCUACGGUAGCCCCUGCGUACCUGUGCGGCCUCCAGGUGUGACCCCCCCCAGGCUGGGCCCCGCUCCCUCCUACACCAGCACCCCCCUCACUGCCAUCCAGCAGAGUUCUGCUGUUGCCAUGGGAACUCAGGACUCAGGCUGGAGCCCUGCCUUGCACUGUGGGAUGACCACGCCCCCCAGGGGAGCGUCCCCCACCAAUCACGUGCCCCAGAGCACCUCCAACCUCUCAGGAAGAGUGUCAAGCACAUCAGUGGACGGAAAGCUGACCCCGCUCACUACCCCCGUGACUGGCCCUCUCUCUCCUCACCCUCCUCAGCCACAUGAAGCUGAGCUCAGAAACCAGCCUGCCAGCAUGGCUCAAUGUCCACAGGAUGAUGCAGUGAUUGACAGCUGUCAAUCAUCUGUCUUGCAAAAUAAUAUGCGAGAACCCAGUGCCUCAGAGAAUUUGACCUGCUCGAGUGGUGCUGGUGAGCAGGAGAAGUCCCUCACUCUGCCUGAGGUGUGUGCCUUUGUUAGGGAUCAGGAGGAGGAGGAGGGUCCGAGAGAGGAAGACGCUAUGACUGAGGAGUUGCUGAGCCUUACGGACAGUGAUGCCAGCAGCACCUUACACAGACGGGACACCAUGUUCUCCCACAAACGGCCAUCCAAGGCUCGGGUCAAACCCAACUCCACCGAGCCCGUGUGCGUCGGCGCCGACACCCCAAACUCGCUGUUCACGCCAGAGCGACCCGACUCUGGUGCGGCUUACGAAGGCCAGCGUCCCCCGUGGUCCACCUGGCCCUGCUUCACCCCUUCAGAGAGCUCCUGGUGCGACGAGGCUACCCAGCAUGCACCUCUGCCGUACGAGCCCCUGUUUGACCUGGCGCUGCCCAAAGCGGCCGAGCUGUUCGUGGAGCGGCGGACGGGGGAGGCCCGGAGGCGGGGGGGCGUGGCCGACAACAGCGCAGGAGACGAGCAGGCGAUGGGGUCCGCAGUGGCCAACUCUCCGCUGGAGAUGCUGGACCUGCUCAUCCAGCAGGGAAGCGCCAACCACGACCGCAAGCUCAGGAGAUUGUCGAUGCCGAGCAGGCCAGCUGAAGGUCCGGCCCCUGGGAAACAGCAGCAACAUCAGCAGCAGCAUCAGCAGCAGAGUGUUAAAAGCAAAGACGUGGAGGAGUUGCAGCACCUGCGCAGUCAGGUGCAGUUGCUGCACACGCAGCUGCAGUUUGAGCGCCACAAGAGGGAACAGCACGCCAUCCGCAAUCGACGCCUGCUGAGACGCGUCAUCAACGCCACGGCGCUGCAGGAACAGAACGUCUCCAUGAAGGAGCAGCUGCAGCUGCAGGAUGUGGAGCUGCAGGGUUUGCGCGGGAGCCUCCAGCAGGAGCAGCAGCACCUCCUCCAUCUGCAGGAGGAGACGCAGACCUCCGUCACACAGCUGCAGGAGCAACUCGCCCAGCUGCACAGAGAGUGCAGCCAGUACGCCUCCACCAUGCAGGAGCUGCAGGGUGAACUGGAGGAGCGGGAGGAGCACACAGCCCACCUGGAGGCGGAGUUACAGACCGCCAGAAAGAACCUGACCAACAUGGAGCUGUUACUGAGCCAGCUGUCCCUCAAGCUGGACUGCUCGGAGCGGCUGGAGGAGCAGGUGUCCUUCCUGAGCCAGCAGCUCCUCCUCCUGGGGGAGAACCACCAGCUCUGCCUGCACAAGCUGGACCGACUGGGGCCCAGCGCCACCAAGGAGAUGAGAAUGCUGCAGUCCUCAUGGAGGAAGGAGUGUGACCGAGCACGAGUGACCUCUGUGCAGCAGGGUCAAAGGUUAGAUGGGGCAGUGCAGCGUGUCUCAGACCUGGAAGCCGCACUCAGCAGGAAGGAACAGCUCAUCUUGCAGCAGAAGAAGCUUCUGGAAGACGUCAAAUUACAGUCCAGAGAGCAGCUGCGUGCUUCAGAGGGACGCUAUCAGGCCCAGAAGCAGGUGACUCAGGCGCUGGAGGCGGAGCUACUGAAGAUUUACAGCCAACUGGAAAUGGAGAGGCCGACCAAUCACAACCGAGACCACGCCUCCAACCACCUUACAGGCCCUACCCAGGCGGAUGCACAUAGCCCCACUAAGACGAGGGCGAAUGGAUGUGGGGGGGGCGCCAUAGACACCCCCCUGCGGUCCGAGCGGCCGAGAGGCGUCCAGGAUGUGGCGGCGUCCCCCCUCCUCUCGGCCUCCCCCCCCUCCUGCAGCCUGUUGGGCCGGCGCGCCCGGCAACUCUCCCGCAACAUGAGCGACGGUCUCUAUGACGACGAGGACGAGGCCCUGCUGGAGAGCAGCCAAUCAAACACCAGCUCAGGGUGUCACUGCGGUGAGGCCUCACCCACUUCCUCUGGAGCGCAGGCUGAGGCUCAGUCAUGUGACCACUGUGAGUCAUGUGAUCAGCAGCCAGCCAAUGAGGGCACCAGGAGACUUCAGGAUCUACACAUCAUGGAUUACAAUGAGCUGCCCGACUUGAGCUAAGAGCUCUAUGUGUUUGUGUCUGUGGGAGAGAGAGCGCAAGAUGCCAAAGUGUGUGUGUGUGUGUGUAUGUGUGUGUGUGUGUGUGUGUGUGUGUGAUCUGCUGUUUUUCCUCUGUCUCAGGAAUCAGAAGGGAAAGAGUCAAGAGGCCUCACCAGCCCUUUAUCAGGCUGCUACCAUGCCCUGUCACAUGACCCCACCACCAUGCCCUGUCACAUGACCCCACCACCAUGCCCUGUCACAUGACCCCACCACCAUGCCCUGUCACAUGACCCCACCACCAUGCCCUGUCACAUGACCCCACCACCAUGCCCUGUCACAUGACCCCACCACCAUGCCCUGUCACAUGACCCCACCACCAUGCCCUGUCACAUGACCCCACCACCAUGCCCCUGUCACAUGACCCCACCACCAUGCCCUGUCACAUGACCCACAUGACCCCACCACCAUGCCCUGUCACAUGACCCCACCACCAUGCCCUGCUCUCACAUGACCCCACCACCAUGCCCUGUCACAUGACCCCACCCCCAUGCCCUGUCACAUGACCCCACCACCAUGCCCUGUCACAUGACCCCACCACCAUGCCCCAGUCACAUGACCCCACCACCAUGCCCUGUCACAUGACCCCACCACCAUGCCCUGUCACAUGACCCCACCACCAUGCCCCUGUCACAUGACCCCACCACCAUGCCCUGUCACAUGACCCCACCACCAUGCCCUGUCACAUGACCCCCACCACCAUGCCCUGUCACAUGACCCCACCACCAUGCCCUGUCAUAUGACCCCACCACCAUGCCCUGUCAUAUGACCCCACCACCAUGCCCCUGUCACAUGACCCCACCACCAUGCCCUGUCACAUGACCCCACCACCAUGCCCACAGUCACAUGACCCCACCACCAUGCCCUGUCACAUGACCCCACCACCAUGCCCUGUCACAUGACCCCACCACCAUGCCCACAGUCACAUGACCCCACCACCAUGCCCACAGUCACAUGACCCCACCACCAUGCCCUGUCAUAUGACCCCACCACCAUGCCCACAGUCACAUGACCCCAGUGAUGGACGAUCUGUCUGCUCAUUUAGUAGUUAGGCGUUUAGCAGCUUGCUGUGAGGAAAAGUGAAUUUGGGGAUUUAUAAUCUGCAGGUUUUACUAAGUAGUUGUUUUGCUGUAUUUUUAUCCACUCAGUAGUGAUUGUAAGACCAAAAAAAAAAAAAAAAAAAAAAAAAAAACAAUAACGGCAACAAAAAACAAAACAGAUAAAUCAAAAAAGAUGUAAGUAAAUGAAGAAUGCCUGUAUAGGAGUAACAGGGCCAUAUUGUGGAGCAACAGGGACUAUUUAGCCGAAUAAAACGAAAUGUCUAUUCUUAGAUGAGCUGUAACCAGCCUGUCUGUGGGUUAGUCAGCUGUGUGAUGGGAAACACUACGUCUGAGAGGAUUUGCAAUCAGGUCAGAGAAAUGAGGUAGGAAAUGUCCACUGUUGCCAGGGAUACACAGGGAAACCAUAAGCUGUCCGUCUCACACAAUAGAGACUGGGAAAUUGCUCACAAUAUUUGUUCUGCUGGUGUCCUGCUCCAAAUAGCAGUUUGUGGAAACGCUUCUGCCUGGAAUGUGUCAGGUUUAGACCCAGAGCUAGUCCAUUGUUAGCUGCAGAUGGGGGUUUGUCGCUUGUGAAAAAGUGCAAUACUCGUGUGGACGCGCUCGUGCGUGGUUUGGAGCGACUGCUCCUGAUUUAAGUGCUCAGUGGGUUUUUUCUUUCUUUCAAAGCUUAAUCCAAACACUGGCUCUCGUGUGUCACUGUGUACAAUGACAGCUGUGUGGUCCGUGAGCCAAGCGGUCAGUCGCUUUACACCAAGUGUUCAUGUGCUGCUCUUCAGCACAGCCAAACAUGAAUUAUUUCACACUGUAUAUGUAUUCUGAUUAGUGAUGAUGGACACUAAACGAAACAAUAAAAACUAUUCCAUAAAUAUA